GACCAGACGUUUCUUUAAAGUUGAUUACAGCGUGGAGCGACACGGAGAAACUCAAAGCUCUCGGGGUUUUAACGGAUUAAAAACUGUCUUUUUUUUUUUUUGGAAACUUUUUGGUGUGGAAUAUAAAGGAGGAUUAUUUUUGCGCUGCUUUACCUGGAUGUAAAAGCGUGUGAGGAUCAUAAAGCGUGGACUUUCUUUUUAAAAUAACUAUUUUUUUUAGGAGUCCCACAUUUUAAAAGAGGAUUAAGGAUUACACGUUUUAGUGUUUUUUUUUUGUUGUUGUUGUGUUUUUCUCUCUUGACGUUCUUUUCGUUAAAGGAUAUGGGUUUUAGCCGCUGAUUGCAUAAGAGCAAGGAAGGAAAGAGCGGCAUCGAGGAGGAGGAGGAGGAGGAGGAGAAGGAAGAAGUAGUGCCAACCUGGAACAUGGUGCCUCAUAUUUGCCCCUCAGUGCCCUUGACGCCUCGCUGGCUUUGUGUCCUGCUUCUGCUCGGCUGCGCGGCCGCUAGCUCCCACGCCGACAGUUUGCCGAGCUUCAUUAAGACCCCAGAGGACCAGACGGGGAUUUCGGGAGGCGUGGCGUCCUUCGUGUGCCAGGCGGUGGGAGAACCCAAACCGCGCAUCACCUGGAUGAAAAAAGGGAAGAAAGUCAGCUCUCAGCGCUUCGAGGUGAUCGAGUUCGACGAUGGCUCGGGCUCCGUCCUGCGUAUCCAGCCCCUGCGCACGCACCGAGACGAGGCCAUCUACGAGUGUACGGCCGCCAACAGCGCCGGAGAGAUCAACACCAGCGCCAAACUCACCGUGCUGGAAGAGAACCAGAUUCCUCCCGGUUUCCCGAGCAUCGAUAUGGGUCCUCAGCUCAAAGUGGUGGAGCGAACGCGGACCGCGACCAUGCUGUGUGCCGCCAGCGGAAACCCCGACCCGGAAAUUUCCUGGUUUAAAGACUUCCUUCCCGUCGACAUCAACAGCAGCAACGGACGGAUAAAGCAGCUCCGCUCAGGCGGCUCACCGAUCCGAGGAGCUCUGCAGAUCGAGAACAGUGAAGAGUCCGACCAGGGGAAGUACGAGUGUGUGGCGACAAACAGCGCCGGGACGCGUUACUCCGCCCCCGCCAACCUCUACGUCCGAGUACGGCGGGUCCCGCCCCGAUUCUCCAUCCCACCCAGCGACCAGGAGGUGAUGCCAGGUGGCAGCGCUAAUCUCACCUGCGUGGCCGUGGGAGCCCCGAUGCCCUACGUCAAGUGGAUGACCGGAGAGACCGAGCUCACCAAGGAAGAGGAAAUGCCUGUGGGACGCAACGUGCUGGAACUCACCAACAUCCGCAAGUCGGCCAACUACACCUGCGUGGCCAUGUCGUCUCUGGGGAUGAUCGAAGCCACGGCGCAGGUUACAGUCAAAGCGCUUCCCAAACCCCCCACCUCCCUGACCGUAACCGAGACCACCGCCACCAGCGUCACCCUGACGUGGGACUCCGGGAACCCGGAACCCGUGUCCUACUACAUGAUCCAGUACCGCUCCAAAGCGUCCGACAGCAGGUACCAGGAGGUGGACGGCGUCGCAACGACGCGCUACAGCAUCGGCGGGCUGAGUCCGUACUCGGAGUACGAGUUCCGCGUCAUGGCGGUGAACAACAUCGGGCGCGGCCCGCCGAGCGACACCGUGGAUACUCGCACCAGCGAACAGGCGCCCUCGUCCCCUCCGCUGCACGUUCAGGCGCGCAUGCUGAGCUCCAGCACCAUGCUGGUGCAGUGGGAACCGCCAGAGGAACCCAACGGGCAGAUCCGCGGAUAUCGCGUCUAUUACACGACCGAUCCGGACGCGCAGCUCAGCGCCUGGCUGAAGCACAACACCGACGACAGCCGGCUCACCACGAUCUCCGCCCUGAUCACCAACGUCACAUACAGCCUCCGCGUCCUGGGCUUCACGUCCGUAGGAGACGGUCCUCCGUCUGACGUCCUGCAGGUCAAAACACAGCAAGGAGUCCCGGCGCAGCCUUCUGGAUUCGAGGCCGAAGCCGAACCCGACAGCAGGAUCGUCCUGAAGUGGCUGUGGCCCGUUCAAGAGCCGAUCACUCUGUACGAGCUGCAUUACUGGGAGGCCGGAUCUGACAACAAGAUUCGUGUCACCUUCAUCCCGGCUGGGUCGUACGCCGUGGAAGGCCUGAAGCCAGACACUCUGUACUUGUUCUCCCUCGCUGCCCGAUCCGAAAUGGGCCUGGGGGUCUUCACCAAACCCAUCGAAGCCAGGACCGCUCAGUCCACACCGUCAGCUCCACCUCAGGACGUUCAGGUGCUCAGUCUGAGCUCCACCAGCAUUAAGGUGAGUUGGGUGCCACCUCCUGCUGCCAGCAGGCACGGCGCUAUCGUCCGCUACACCGUGAGCUACCAGGCGGUGAACGGCGAGGACACCGAGCGGCACGAGGUGACGGAUAUUGGAGCGGAUGCCACCAGUGUUAUGAUAGAUGGGUUGGGGAAGUGGACGGAGUAUGUGGUGCGGGUCAGGGCUCACACCGACGUCGGACCUGGGCCUGAGAGCGCGCCAGUGCGCAUCCGAACCAACGAGGAUGUGCCUGGAGCUCCUCCUCGUAAGGUCGAGGUCGAAGCGAUCAACUCGACGGCUAUCCGCGUGACGUGGAAGCCGCCGCUCUCGGGAAAGCAGCACGGUCAGAUCCGCGGCUAUCAGGUGAUUUACUCUCGGCUGGAGAACGGUGAGCCGCGAGGGCAGCCGAACAUCAUGGACGUAGCGCUGCCUGAAGCCCAGUGGAACAUUGAGGACACCACGGAAUAUGAAGCCAUCAUCUCGGGCCUGAUCUCAGAGACGUCGUACUCGGUUACGGUAGCGGCGUACACCACGCGAGGAGACGGAGCGCGGAGCAAAGCCAAGGUCAUCAAGACCACGGGAGCAGUUCCUGGCAAGCCCACCAUGCUCAUUAGCAUUACCGUCGGCAACACCGCCCUCAUCCAGUGGCAGCCACCGAAGGACCUGCCCGGCGAGCUGAUUGGCUACCGUUUACGCUACAAGCGCGUGGACGAGGAAUCGUUCACAGUGCAUAACUUCGGGAGCUUGGACGACCACUACACGGCGACGGGUCUCUUCAAAGGUGCCACAUACAGCUUCCACUUGAGCGGCAAAAACCGCGCAGGCACCGGAGAAGAAUUUGUCAAGAAUAUCAGCACGCAGGAGGAAGCUCCCAGUGGAUUCCCGCUAAACCUGAGUGUGGUGGGACUGACCACCACGACCACCCGGCUGACGUGGGCACCACCGGCUCCGGCCGAGCGAAACGGACGGAUCACUCAUUAUAUCGUCGUUUACAGAGACAUCAACAGCCAGCAGAACAGCACCAAUCGUACCACGGAGACGCAAAUGACGCUGCACGACCUUCGACCUGACACAACCUACGACAUCCGCAUCCAAGCAUUCACCAGCAAGGGCGGCGGACCCAUAAGCCCCAGCAUCCAGAGCAGGACCAUGGCCACGUCACCAGCUUUUGCAACAAGUUUUGGCGUCAAAGCGGUGAUGAAGACGUCCGUCCUUCUGACCUGGGAGCUUCCAGAGAACUUCAAGUCUCAAGGGCUUUUUAAGAUCCUGUACAAUCAGCAGAGCGUAGAGGUUCGGGGCGACACGAAGAGGAAGCUGAUCACAGGCCUGAAGCCCGACACUAAUUACUCCUUCGUGUUAAUGAGUCGAGGGAACAGCGCCGGGGGACUUCAGCAGCAGGUCUCCAUCCGAACCGCUCCAGAUAUCCUUAAAACCAAACCCGUCCUCUUCAGAACCGAGGAGAACAGCAGCGGGAAAAUUACCAUCAACCUUCCCAAUGUGGCGACAUCAUCACCGAUCAGUUGGUAUUACAUCGUGGUCGUGCCCGGAUCGCUGACGUCGUCACGCAGGUGGGAUAAUCCAGAUGAAAUGGACCUUGAUGAGCUUCUGAAGUUCGGCACAGUUCCCCCUACCGGGCUCCGGCGCCGCCGGCGUUACGCUGAAGUAGGAGCGUACAUCGCGGCCAAGCUGGAGGUCCUCCCCGAGAAGUUCACGCUCGGAGACGAGCAAAACUACAACGGCUUCUACAACCGGCCGGUGCCUAGCAACCAGCCGUACCAGUGCUUCGUCAUGGCCGAGAUGAAGGAGCAGCACCUCCCCAACGCCAACGAGAAGCAGCGCGUGUUCUCGUCCAGCCCGUACUCGGACCCGGUGAUGGUGGAGAGCGGCAUUUUGCCUCGCACCGUGGAAUCUCCUGAGAUGUUGUGGGUGAUGGGGCCGGUCCUCGCCGUGGUGCUCAUCGUCAGCAUCGUCAUCGCCAUCAUCCUCUUCAAAAGGAAGCGAGCGUCUCCGCUGCCUAAAGACGAACACUUGAGCGGGGUGAAGGACUCCCUCCUGGCCAACUCGUCUGAUCCCGUGGAAAUGAGGAGAAUCAACUAUCAGACCCCAGGUCCCAGCACUUCCUGCUGCCUCGACACUCCAAGAAUGAGAGAACAUCCUCCCAUCUCCGUGUGCGAGCUGGCCGACCACAUCGAGCGGCUCAAAGCCAACGACAGUCUGCGCUUCUCGCAGGAGUACGAGUCCAUCGAUCCUGGGCAGCAGUUUACCUGGGAGAACUCCAACAUGGAGGUGAACAAACCGAAAAACCGCUACGCUAAUGUCAUCGCCUACGAUCACUCCCGAGUCGUGCUGACCUCCGUGGACGGUGUCCCUGGGAGCGACUACAUCAACGCGAACUACAUCGAUGGCUACCGUAAGCAGAACGCCUACAUCGCUACGCAGGGCCCUCUGCCCGAGACGCUCAGCGAUUUCUGGAGGCUGGUGUGGGAGCAGAGAACCAGCACCAUCGUCAUGAUGACCCGACUGGAGGAGAAGUCACGGGUGAAGUGUGAUCAGUACUGGCCGGUUCGUGGAACAGAAACGUACGGGAUGAUCCAGGUGACCAUGCUGGACACGGUGGAACUGGCGACCUACAGCGUGCGUACGUUCGCGCUUUAUAAGAACGGCUCCAGUGAGAAGCGUGAGGUGAGACAGUUCCAGUUCAUGGCGUGGCCGGAUCACGGCGUGCCCGAGUACCCCACACCCAUCCUGGCCUUCCUGCGCAGGGUCAAAGCCUGUAACCCUCCUGACGCCGGGCCCAUGGUGGUGCACUGCAGCGCUGGCGUGGGUCGGACCGGCUGCCUCAUCGUGAUCGACGCCAUGCUGGAGCGCAUGAAGCACGAGAAGACGGUGGACAUUUACGGUCACGUGACGUGCAUGCGCUCCCAGAGAAACUACAUGGUGCAGACGGAGGAUCAGUACAUCUUCAUCCACGAGGCGCUGCUGGAGGCGGCGACCUGCGGCGUCACCGAGGUCCCGGCACGAAACCUCUACACACACAUCCAAAAACUCAGCCAGCCGCCGCCUGGGGAGACCGUCAGCGCCAUGGAGCUCGAGUUUAAGAGGCUGGCCAACUCCAAAGCUCACACGUCACGCUUCAUCAGUGCCAACCUGCCGUGCAACAAGUUCAAGAACCGCCUGGUGAACAUCAUGCCCUUCGAGUCGACGCGUGUGUGUCUGCAGCCCAUCAGAGGGGUCGAGGGGUCGGACUACAUCAACGCCAGCUGCAUCGACGGCUACAGACAACAGAAAGCGUACAUCGCCACUCAGGGUCCUCUGGCUGAGACCACGGAGGAUUUCUGGAGGAUGCUGUGGGAGCACAACUCCACCAUCGUGGUGAUGCUGACCAAACUCCGCGAGAUGGGACGGGAGAAGUGUCAUCAGUACUGGCCGGCCGAGCGCUCCGCCCGGUAUCAGUACUUCGUGGUCGACCCCAUGGCCGAGUACAACAUGCCUCAGUACAUCCUGCGGGAGUUUAAAGUCACAGACGCCAGGGACGGACAGUCGCGGACGAUCCGACAGUUCCAGUUCACCGAUUGGCCGGAGCAGGGUGUGCCCAAGACCGGGGAGGGGUUCAUCGACUUCAUCGGCCAAGUGCACAAGACCAAGGAGCAGUUCGGUCAGGACGGACCAAUCACUGUGCACUGCAGUGCGGGAGUGGGCAGGACCGGAGUGUUUAUUACUCUCAGCAUCGUUCUGGAGAGGAUGAGAUAUGAAGGAGUGGUGGAUUUGUUCCAGACGGUUAAAACUCUGCGCACUCAGAGACCAGCCAUGGUGCAGACAGAGGACCAGUACCAGCUGUGUUACCGAGCAGCUCUGGAGUAUCUGGGGAGUUUCGACCAUUAUGCAACGUAACGCUGCGGGACUUCAGCUACCGGGAACAACAACACUGACACACACACACACACAGCUUCUUUCCUGAAUGACUUUCAUUUAGAUUCAGCAGCUCUGAACUCUUAAUUAAACACACACACACACACACACACACACACACAGAGACAAAACAGCUACUGGUAGCGUUCCUUGUUGUUUUAAAUCAUUCUAAAAGUUUUAUUCUGACUUUUAUUUAGAUGUUUAACAGCCUCGUCAUCUCAUUUUCUGUUUCCUUUUUCAACGAAAAAAAGCGGUACAUUUUUUUUUAAACUGUAAUUUUAAUUGUAAAUUUAUUUCCAGUUAAUUUUUUGUCGUUGUUGUUUGUUUUCGCGGUUAUUUUAGCACACAGGGCGUGUGAGUUUUAACACAAACUAACACGAGAGGACCACUGUUCUCAGAGCUGCUGUCGGACUUCAAUGGUAACGCCGUUUUAUUACUUUUUCAUUUCGUUUAUAUAUAAUUUGUAAUUUUUAUUAUUUUUAUUGUUGUUAUUAUUAUUUAGUAAAUCACAGCGAGUUUAACUUUGUUUCUUUUGUAGAAAGAAAAAACUAUCGAGGGUUAAAAAACAAAGUCGACAGAUACAGAUACGUACAGUAACACUAAAGACGCGCCGCGGCGUGAAAAAAGGCGCGCGCCGAUAUUCGAGUUCUUUUCAUAUCGCGAUAUCAUGAUCUCGGUGUCUUUUGUUAGAAUUUAAUAAAAAUAAAUAAAAAAUAAUAAAUAAUAAAAAAUUGGACAGAGCCAGGUCAUGUGACCGGCACCUCCUGUGGAAUUUUCUUUUUGUUCGCUAACGUGUUAAAUAAUCGCGAUAUGUCUGAUUAUCAGCGCGCGCCUUUUCCCGCGGCGUGACGCUCUAUAAACCCGACUAACGCUACGUUUUUGAUCCUGAUUUCUCAUGUGUACAGUAUUAACCACUCCACAAGUGAACUUUUUAUACAGAAGUAAAUAUAUAUAUAUAUAUAUAUAUAUAAAUAUACACAUAUAAAUAUGAGAAAUUAUAAAUAUUAUUCAUAUAGUCUAUAUACAGCUACGGAGACGUGAUCAGGCGUCAGUUCUCCGGACGAACGUGAUGGAGACGUGCCGCCUACAGAGAGACUGCGGGGGGGCCAAUCUGUAUUAAUACUGCGAAGAAAAAAAGUAAUAUCUACUGUAUUAAUCCAAACACACACCACACACAUAUGGGUGUGUCUGAGUGAGUGAGUGAGAAUCUGUGUGAGUGAGUGUGUGAGAGUGUGUGUGUGUGUUCUCUCUGAUGAAGCACAGCGGAAGCCUGAUUAUAACCACACACUACGCUGGCCAAAAGUUUCCUUUUUACUUUGUGAAUGGUUCGUGCUGUAGGGGUUUCGAUCUGUUGUAUACGCACUCUGUUUUCUAUUCGUUAAGAAGAAGAAGAAGAAAAAAAAAAAACAAUGGAAAUUAAAAAAAAAUUGAUGUUAAUAAAGUUGAAUAAUUGUUUUGGGGAAAUUUUUUUUCUACAA